AUGCGCUUUGCCGUUGCCACCUCUUUGUUUCUCACCACGCUUGCCAUUGCCAGCCCUGUUCCAGUCGACGAUACCAAGCCCACCAUCGAUGACCUGAAGAACCUAGGGUCUUCUAGCACUGGUGUUGCCAACACCCAGAAACACCCCAAGGUUCUUGACUCUCGUCAGAUUAGCGAUCUUGAUCGUGCUAGCGCUACCCAAGAUAUCCCCGACCCCAUCAAGUUUCCCAGUCCUCUUGCCCGUGGCAAGGGCAGGGGCAAGGGCAGGGGCAAGGGCAGGAACAAUGGCAGCUUGAAGGGCAAGGGCAAGGGCAAGAAGGAGAGCGAUGGCAGGACCAAACACAAUCCCAAGCUUCCCGAGAUGCCCGAGCUCACCGAGUCUCUUGAUAUUGGUUCUGUCAACAUUCCUAACACUAAAUCAGCACCCUCGGCUGCGGACGCGGCGAAACUUCCCCGAUCCGGAUACCGGCCGAAGCCGGGGCCGAUGCCGAUGCCGGUCAGACCAGAUGGAUACCGUUGGCCUUUGCCCAAAAACCCUUUGGCUCCUAACACCGGUUCUACCAACACCGGGGGACGCCGCGCCCUUUCUGACAAGGGACCGAUAGAUACGGUUGUGAACGAGGGAACCGACCGAGCUGGGUUGCCUAUAUUCGAUGCACCCUCCUCCGAGUCCUCACGUACGCUCCCUCCUUUCACCCAUCAUCCUCACAAAUGA